AAAGCAUCAGCUAGCAUUACAUUUGACCUGUUACUUGUUUAGAUACACAACUGUGCGGUGUUAAAAAAUAAAGAACAAAUUCAAAUUUUUAGGAGAACUUACUUAGAAAACAAGAAAAAGUAAAUCAUCAUGGAUCCUGCUGAUGUUUUUUACGAUGAAUCAUCAUUGCUCAUUGACCCAUCUCAAGUAAGAAUUUGUAAUGAUAACUUAAUUGUGGAUAAUACUGGUGAAAAUUUUGUCAUGAUGGACAUCUCAACAUCAAAUAAUUUUCAAGAAAACCUAGAUGAAAGAAAACUAAGGCUCUUAUUGUCAGAAUGGAAACUUGACAUACUGGUUGAUGUAUGCAUUGAACAACGUGUAUUUGUCAAUAUAUUAAAAAUAAUUAAAAGACACCAUAUAGAACGCUUAUUAAAAGAUUUUGAUUUGGGUACACAAAUAUUAUUUGAGCACAAGUUAGAAGAAUGGCGUGAAUCGAUUGGAAUGUCAUUAGAUUCAGUUCCAAGUAGUUGCUCAUCACCAUGCUCAUUCACAUCAACUCGAGCCUCAACUUCAAACACAUCAUCAAGAUUCACUCCAUAUGACAGAUCUUCUCUUAGUCCAGAUAAUUCAAAUAUAAUUAUGCUAAGCAAUGUUUUGAAUGAAACAUCUAGAGGGAAGAUAUUAGUUGAAUACUACUCCAAGUUUUCAAAUUUCCAAGAUGAACAAAGAACUCUUCUUAUUAAUUUGAUAGCACAAUACUUCGAAGAAAAAUGUGUAAAAAUGACUCUAGCUAUUAGCUAUCAGUUAGAACAACAAAUUUUGGAAAGAUUCCCAUCUGAGAAACUGGAGUAUUAUAGAACUUCUAAACGGGGUAAAAUCUAUAAUAAGUAUUACAAUUUAGCAACGUCAUUUAAAGUUGUAUCUGGACCUCUUGGAACGGUAGACAAGAAAUCACCUGUCAAUUCUGAAAAGUUUAGUAGACAUUCAAAAUGCUCAGAACCAGAGGUAGAUUCAGAGAACUAUAUAAAAAUAUUAAAAUAUGACAAUUUAAGUAAUGAGGAAUUUGACCGAACAUGGCAGGCAUGUUUUAAUUCACGCCUUGAUUUUAUAAAAAAGUAUACAACAAAAGACAUCUUUGAUAAAUGGCCAGCAUAUAAAACAGCAAAUGGUUACCGUUUAAUUGACAUGGACUUUGAGGCUGCUUUUGAAAAAAAAGGCGACCUUUUAGAAAAUUGGGAAAAAAAUAUUAGUAAAUUGUUGUUAUUCCUUUCUUUUAAUUCUAACGUUAAAGACAAAAAUGUAAGAAAACUUAUUGAAAUUAUCAGAAUGAACAAUCAAAUAUCUGAAAACGGAAGAGAUGCUGCUAUUAUUUGGGCACUGCAUGGGUAUUUUGUACCAACUAAUAAACUUGUUAAGAUUGACCCAAAAACAAAGCAGAAAACAACUAUAAAAUUCACUAUUCGAGAUUCACAAGAAUCCGUUAUUUUUGUUGGAUCUACAAUUCAAAUGGUCGAAGACCAUAUUGAAAACUUGAAAAAAUCAAAAAAAUCAAUCCAGCCCACUAUAUUUUGUAUUGGAGAAAAUAUAACAUCAAUUAAUGAGAUUUUCCUAUAUUUGGAUGGCGUUAGAUAUAUUUUUAAAAGUAUCAUAAAAGCUCUUGAUAUUUGUUUUAAAUCCAUUUAUUUAUUUGAUUUUAAAUUUCCGGAUGAAUCUGUAAUAUUUUAUUUUUUUUUGGAAUAUUUUUUUUAUGUUUUAAUAGAUAAGCUAAGUUUUCCUAAAGUACAUGUAUUGGAACAAUACUUAAAUAAUUAA